AUGGCGCUCCUCAAUCCGACCUUCAUCUUUGGCGUCGUCGUUCUUCUCUAUCUGUCCUCUUUCAUUCUCUUCGCCGUCAUUCGAAUCAUCACCGGUGUCUCGAUACAGCGAGUCGGCUACUUCUCCCUCCGACGACUCGCCUACACCUUUAAGGAUGGCUUCAAGGUCGAGAUCCGAGGUCUGGGCCUGACCAUCCACCGACCUACAUUUUCCCAACCAACAUGGCUGAGCAUUGUCAUCAGCGAGCUGUCUGUGACCAUUGAUGUCAGAGAACUCGAGGGAAAACGGGCCGAGGAGAGCUCAGCUGAGGAGACCGACGCUCAAUCGGACGACUCUUCGUCGAAGCCUCUGCUCAACCUUCCCAAGCUACGACGGAACGACGUCGUGGCCACCAAUUCGACGAUCAAUAUUGUGGAUGUGGGCAAUAUCCAAUGCGGCAGCAUCACCAUCGCCGUGGAUACUCGCAGGAAGAUGGUGGACCGCGCCCGAUUCUUCUUCCAGUUCAGGACCGACCGGCAGAAGAAGCAACGGCAGGCUGAAUGGAUCAUGACUCUCAGGAGCGUACUCUUUACAGCGGAGGGGAACGAGUCGCUCGAGAUCCUAGACUACGCUACGCUCAACAUUCACGGCUUCCUGUACGAGGCUCUGGACGGCCUGAGAGACGCCUCGAUUGCCCUCAAGCUGAACCGCAUUCACAUCCCCUACGACGACGUUCACCUCUGCGUCCAGCGUUUCAAGCGCUGCAGAACCCAGAGAUCGCCUUCAUUUGGUCUGAAUGAGUCGCCUGACCUCUUUGCUGGGAAGGCCGAGCGCGAAUCCACCGACCCCGGUCUCACAGAGGAAGAUAUCAUGCAGACGGUGUCCGACUCGAAGGAAUUUGUCAGCUCGAUUCUCAGAGGCGUCAAGGAGGUUCAGUUCGCCGUUAGUUUUGUUGGAUUGACAAAAAAGGUCGACACUGUCAAGCCAAAUGCUGCGCCAGUUUUGCUCAACGCUUCCAUGAAGGAGGUCGGUGUAGAUCUUCAUCGCCUGGAUCCGAAAUCACCAGCCCACAGAAUGUACUUUCCAUCCAAGGAUAUUGCACAUGAAGCCCUGGCGGCGGCUCUGUCCAUAUCAAUUGGACUCGAUGAUGGCCAUGGAAAGCCGGAACGCCUGAUUUACAUUCCCAUGACGACAACGACAGUCAAAACGACCUUGCCAUCCAAAACGGUCGAGCUGGCUCGGGAUGACACGGCGCAAGACAAAAACGCGAAUAUUCUUUUCGCAAACUCUGUCAUCACAUCACCAUCUGUCGACAUCGACCCUCGACAUUUGCCGCUGUUGAUUGCCAUUCUUCAGCCUCAAAGACCAAAGAGGCCCAAGACCCAUAGGAUGGGGCAGCAGCCAGGUCAUGUGCUGAUUUCGAGGCUCCUGCCAAAGGCGAACAUCAAGUUCACGAUGCAUGAGCCGGUAGUCAGGAUAGCGCUACCACCUGUGGACAAGGCUGCCGCAGACGACGACUUUGACCUCAUCAUCUCCCACAUCUCGUCCAUAUCCAUGGAUAUGGAAUCCUCUCACUCAGCUUUACAAGAGCUUCAUUAUUCCCUAGCGUCCUCCAUGCGACUGCAAUCUCAUCAUCUGUACUAUCAAACCUCCAACGGAGAGCGAUUCAACCUUGUUGAUACGGAAAGCUUUGAUCUGAAGGUACAGCUCAGUGCCGCGCCAGAUGUCCACGUUGUGGCUUCAGGCAGCAUUGACACUUUUGCUAUCAAGAUGGUGCGUCCUGAAAUCACCGACGGUCUCAGGCAAAUCUUCCGACAACUCCGACUCAAUGUUGAGCCGAAGAAGCGCGUCGUCUCCAAAACGCUUCGAAAUCAGAACUUUCUCCGCGGCAUGCCAGACUGGCUGUUGCAGUUCCAGAUGCAGGCUACCGACGUGAGCCUCGAAGUCGCCGGUAUUGAUGAGGAAAUAUCAGAAGACACCCGCGGUGUGUCGCUUCAACUAGACUCGUUCACGUCUGAGUAUAGAGCACAACGACUGGACGGGCUGCAGCGGCGUCCUUCUCGUCGGCGAGCUAAUAGCCGUACUGUUGCGCCUGAUGCAGAUCUCCUGAAGGCGCCCCUUUCACCACGCAAGAAACAGCAAAAUGCGGGCGAUGGAAGGCGUGUCGCCUUGCACGUUCGAGGCCUUGAGGCAUACAUUGUGGAGGCCGCGGAUCGCGCCGAAGCUGAGCCAUUUGUCAACAUGCCUCGGUUUGAGGUUGCCUUUUCAACGUCAAGCGACCAGCAAGGCCCCAUUUUCCACAUUCAUGCGAGUGUUCGCACGAUUUUGCUGCAAUACUCUCUGUACCGUCAUUAUUCGGUUGCCGUGGCCGGAAUGGUUCUGCGCAAAGCAUUUGUAAAGACGAGAUCGGACACAACUCCCUUGAGAUCACCGCCAGGCUCCAGAGCCAGUCUCUCUGGUGACCUUCUUGUUCCGCCCGGUUCUCCCGAGAUGCCAAUGGACUUUAGUGACAUGUCGACCAUCACGCAAGAGCUCGUUACAGUCGACUUCAAGGCAGCCAUGAUUCAGGUGAAGGCAGAUAUGCCCCACGACCCGAGGCUGUUGCUUCAGAUUUACGGAGUCGAGGCUGGCCGCCACAGGUGGUCUGCACCAUUCUUAAUCUAUAAUCAGAUUCGCUUGUGUGUCCAGCUACCGCGCAUUCGCGGCGUCUGGGCCAGGCUGCUGUGCAUCAAAGGAGGUCGGAUCGAUCACCGAAUAUCGAGGCGCAAAACAUCAUCGGGUGCUUUUCAAGAGGAACGUAUGUUCGAUAUUGCUGCAGACGCGACCCGAUUCGCUGUUCCACAUGAAGUGAUUGUCAGCAAGAUCUCUGACAAUAUCACCAAUGUGUACAAGUCAGUGCUCCAACUACACCACCGCUUCAAGACAGGUACGAACGAGUACAUCCUCGACAAGCAGCCUGAGGCCCCCAAAAACGUCCCCAAAGUCUCAAUUCGGACCAAGACCUUCUUAUUCGAGCUUGAGGAUGGUGCUUUCGAAUGGAAUCUCGGUAUGAUCUACCGUGCAGGUCGUGUAGAGCAGAUGCAAAGGCUUGCCCGGGAGGAGGCCUUCGAGCUCAAGCGGAAGAAAAUCCGCGAGGAAGAGUCGCGCAGAGACUCGCACAACAAACACCGCGCUCGCUCUCUGUUUCAUAAAGGGCGUGGCAAGAACGGCGCUUCUGAGCCCAGGAGCCGAAGCGUUGACGGUCGACGCCGUGCGAGUGACGAACCCGACAGGGGUAGAAAGCCGAGAUACGACCCCGAGGGUGGCUCGCUUGGCAUCACAGGUCGCAGUAAGAUUGCUGAGCAGGAGGCUCGCCAGAAGCUCGACGCCUACAACGCCACGAGCUGGAAGAAGCGCAUCGAUCGUCACUACGCACAGGGUAAGAACAGCAUGCGUGAACUGCGCGGCCUCUUCUGGGGCCCCGAUCAUCUUCCUGACGACUUGGAAGAAGCCGAGAGAAUUCUUGAGGUACCCCAGCGCCCUGCACUCAUGGCUGCCAUCAUCACCGACCUGCACCUCCUCAUUGACAAGCCUACGUUUCCGAUGAAGGAUCUGCCUGAUUUCAUUCACUCGGUAGGCAAGGGCAUGCCGAAGGACAUGAAGUAUGGCCUGUUGGUCCCCAUGCACGUGAGCAUAGAUAUCGGCGAGGCCAGAGUCACUCUUCGCGACUACCCGUUGCCCCUGAUCCACAUCCCGGGCCUCAAGCCUGGCCAACCAGCAAGACAGUCUGCCAUGUCGCUCAGGACGAACUUUGUCAUUGCGGAAGAGUAUCGCGGCAAGAAAUCGACGCGCCACAUUAAGGUCAAUAUUAUUCCUCCGCGAACGCUAGAGUCAGAUGUCGGCCAGGAAGGUGGCUUUGCCAUUGACGUCCGUCGUACGAUCGGACCCAUCAAGUCGUUCUCAGACAUGCGAAUCGACAUCAACACGUCGCUGCCAACGAGAAUUACUUGGGGAGGGCCUUGCUAUCAGCCGGCAAUUCAAGACAUGAUGAUGGUCAUUGAGUCCUUCACCAAGCCGCAGGUGGACCCGUCAGAACGAGUUGGUUUCUGGGAUAAAAUUCGACUCAACUUUCAUUCCAGGAUACACAUUGCUUGGAGAGGCGACGGAGACUUGCAUCUCGCUCUCAAGGGAACGCGCGAUCCGUACUGUGUCACAGGCAACGGUGCAGGUUUCAUCAUGUGUUGGCGCAACAACAUUCGAUGGAACGUCAAUGCUGAUGACGACCCCAAACGAUUCAUGACGGUCGACUCUGGAGAAUACGUCUUGGCCAUUCCUGACUACAGCCACCAAGUCAGAGAGUCUAAUCGCCGUACAGGAGACGAGGACAGCAACCUGAUUGAUGACAGCUACAAGAAUGGCAUCACCUUCAAAAAGGUGGUUAUGAAGUUAUCCGGCAAGGUGCAGUGGAUGACCGGACUGGUGUUCGAGCAAGCCAUCCAAGAAGGUAAGCGGAGUUUUGACUUCAAGCCGCACUACGACGUGGUACUGCGAGCGCCUCAGCACGCGCAGGGAGAAGAUGGCCUUGCCUACGAUGCCUUCCGCGGCUUCAGGAGCAGCCAUAUUCAUCUCUCCAUUGCUGUUCGAGCACCGGGCGACAGGGAUUGGUUGGCGACCAAUCCUGCACCGUCACGCAGUUACAAUGCUGUGCACUGUACUCCUCGCUUCUUCACACACUUUUUCGCCUGGUGGUCGCUCUUUGGGGGUCCCAUGUCGCUGCCGAUCCGCCAAGGACCGCUCUGGCCGGGUCGUGAGAGGACAAGCAAGAAAUUUGGCAAGCACCUCGCGACCAUCAAGUACAAUCUCCUGCUGGCGCCCCUAUUUCUCAGUCAUAUCUACAAGCAUAAGGAUGUGGAAGACUACUCCGAAAGUGCGGUAUCUGCAACUGGCCUGAAGGUACGCUUCGAUAGCUUCAUGCUCGAUUUACACCAGCGGCGAGAAGAGUUCAACACGAGGGAUCACGCCCGCAAGACGCAGAGCAGAACCAGUGGCAUCAAAAUCCACGCCGCACAGCUCGACCUGGCCAACGCAGACGUUCGUGCCGUCUCGGCUAGCAUACGUGGCACCACGACGGAGGCCAUCAAGAAGGGAACAUUGGCGAACCUCUCGAUCGACCAAGUCGAGACCGCGGAUAUGGUGCUCGAUGAUGGCACCAGAGCUAUUUACGCGGCGGAUUCUGAGGCACUCCGAAGGCACAGUAGCGUGCUUAGGGUCAAGAAGGCAUUGCUCGAAAACAUGGUGCAACAACUGCCCAGCAAGUCCCCAACGCAUGGCAAGAUGCCCAAGUUCAAAGGCGAUGCCGCUUCUGAAGCAUCGAUUGAGGUUGACCGCGAGUCCAUGAAGAUCCCGUCAGGGGCUGAGUUCGAGAGCGACGCACAAAACCGCUUCGUCAUUCACAACCUGCACUUCAAGUGGAACAAUUUACUGCGGAACAUUGUUCUCCGCUACACGCACCAGGUGAGCCAGCGACGAGGCUUCAUCUACUAUCUCUCGCGCCCGGCCGUCAAGUUCAUCAUCGACAUUGUUGAGGAGCAGUACAAGGCCAAAUUCGGCACCAAGACUACCAACGGCAAGGCUGCCACGGAUGACAACUCGACAGAUCCUAGCUUCAUGGAUCGCGAGACGCAAGAAGACAUCGAGGAGCGUAUCAAGCGUAUUCUCCAAGACGGACGCAAGUUUGUGAAUGCUGAUCAGGCCGACGCCACCGACACGAGCACAAAUGUUGCCAUGGAAGAUUUGACGGGAGGCAUCUCUGAAGACUUCCGGGCCCAGAGCAACUACCAUGUCCGGGUCAUUGCGCCUCAAAUUCAGCUGCAGAGUGACAAGAACAAGAAGAAUGUUGUGCUGCUGACGGCCAAGGGCAUGGAACUCAAGGUUGUCGAAAUCAUGGACAAGGAAAGGCUGUCUGACGCGGUCAGCGGCCUAGUGCAACGGCGUAUUCUGGUCUCCAUGGACAGCACACAGUUCUUCGUCACCCACCAGAAGUGGUUCUCGACCCACCUCGUAUCCAUGUAUGCUGGCAGCCAAAGACUUCGGCCAUGCUGCGAUACGACAAGUACAACACGCUGCGUUUGA